UAGAACUCCAUGUUAUAGACCAACCUCCCUGGUAUCAUGAGUGUUUCUGACAAAGCUGACUUGGAAGCUAAGCUGAGGAAGCUGGAGUGUCCCUUCACAUGGGAUAUAAACAAAGCUGACAUAAAUGAUCUGGACAAUAUCCCUGAAAAACUCCUGGAUCGAGUCAAGUUCUGCCCCCGCAAAAAUCACGCCACAUAUCUUAAUAUCUUAGCUUUCAUAAGCCAUCUGAAUGGAAACAACGAGAGUGCUCUUGAGUUCCUCCUUAGGGCGGAGACUCUGUUAAAGGCGGAUGGGAAGGCUGAAACAGAAUUUAUGGUGACCUAUGGUAACCUGGCAUGGGUUCACUACCAGUUGGGGAACCUUAGUGAUGUGGAGACCUACUUUGGCAAACUGGAGAAGAUCUGCAAGGGCAUCCCAGGCUCCUUGCUGUAUUCUUGCUGCCUGCCUGUGAUUCACGGUGAGAAAGCUUGGACGUUUUUGAGGCUCGGCGCCACGUUUUACGAGAGAGCAAAGGCCAGUUUCGAAAAGGCUCUUGAAGGGGAUCCAGACAAUGUGUCCUUCAAUGUGGGCUACGCAGUCGUUCUGUACCGGCUGGAGGGCAUGGCUCGAGAUAAAAGAGUGAGGCCCGAGGCAAGUGAAGCGGUUGCACAGCUGCGGAAGACAUUGCUCUUAGAUCCCGCUGAUGCAGAAGCCAUGGUGCUCCUGGCUCUGAAACUUCAGAACAGCAGGAAACAUGAGUCCAUGACACUCAUCAAAGAUGCCCUCCAACUGUCUCCCUGUGUGCCCCAAGUGACACGGUACGUGGCGAAAUAUUUCAGAGCAGAGGGGUCUGUUGAUGUGUCGCUGGAUAUUCUCAGGAGGGCGGUGCAGCUGACCCCAACCUCAUCCUUCCUGCAUCACCAGAUCGGCCUCUGCCUCAAACAGCAGCUCGCACGCAUGUUUCAGACGAAGAGAGAGGCGGGGCGUAUCCCGGCGACGCUCAAGCGGGCCAAGGCCGCGGAGUGCAUACAUCACUUCAGCAAGGCGGUGGAGCUGAAGCCCACCAACAUCCACGCUCAGGUCAACCUGGCCGAGGCGUACGGGGAGAACCACCAGCUGGGUGAGGCAGAGAAGAUCUUCACCGACCUGCUCCAGGACGACUCCCUCCGGGACUCAGACAAGCAGCACUGUCACACGAGCUACGGCACGUUUCUGCUUUACAAGAGGAAAGCGGAGGAUCGCGCCAUUGCCGAGUUCAAAACUGCAUACCGGAUGCAGAUACAGAGCCUGGACAGGAAGCAGGCGGGCAAAAAGCUGAGGCAGAUAGCGGAGAGGAGACUGAACACCAAGCAAAGGGUUGGAGAAGCAUUUGAAAUCCUGGCGUUCCUGAGCACUGAAGACAAGCAGGAGAGGCAGGCUGAAGAGUACACCAGGAGAGCCAGGCAGUACUUUGCUGAGAUGGGUGACCUCCCUGCUGCCUUUGAAAAGGGAAUGAAGCUCAAAUAG